GCGGGAGCGGGAGCGGUAGAACAGAAGCUGCGCUCAUACUGAUCGCAUGUUGUUGUGCAAGGUGUUAAGCUAGGUUUGUGGCUUGCAAGGAGCAUGCUUGCGCAAGCAAGGGUGCACAGACACGAGUGAUGUAAGUGUCAAUGGGGCAGUGGCAUGGCGGCGCAGACGCAAGACGCCAAGCUAGUGCACCUGAAUGGCGUAGAUUUUCUGGUUGACGGUUUCCUCUUCAAGCGUCCGGAGGUGAAGCAUUAUGUGCUCACGCACUUCCACAGUGACCACACGGUGGGGCUGACCAGGGGCUUUGAUUCUGGAACUAUCUAUUGCACGGAGGUGACGGCAGCCUUGAUCAUAAACAUGAUGGGCGUGGACCCUGCUCAUGUCCGUGCAUUGCCUUUGGAGCAGACGGUGGAGGUGCAAGGAGUCUCCUUGACCUUCGUGGAUGCUGGGCAUUGCCCUGGCAGCGCCAUGGCGGCUUUUGAGGCCCCGGGCGUGGAUGGCGUGAUCCUCCACACCGGUGACUGCCGCGCCUCCAAUGACACCCGCACGCAGCUGCAGCGCUGGUUAGCUGGCCGAAGUGUCGAGGAGCUCUUCCUGGACACGACCUACUGCUCGGCGCGGUGGCGCUUUGUGCCGCAGGCUGUGGCGUGUGAGUGGCUGCAGGAGAUCACCCGAAGAGAGCUGGAACGAGAGCCCAAGACGCUCUUCGUGGUCGGUUGCUACCAGAUUGGGAAGGAGCGCGCGGCUGCGUCGGUGGCCGCUGCUGCCAAGUCCCCAGUCUUCGUGGAGCCGCGCCGGUGGAAGGUGAUCCAACUCGCAGGCUGGGGCGAUGCUGAGCUGUGCGAAGGGCAGCGCUUGUGGAGUAUCGACAAGGAGGGCUGCUGCGUUUGGAUGUGUGCGCUGGGCGGACUGGCGCAUGAUGUCCUGAAGCACUUCUUGGAUUCAACGAAGGGGCAGUUCGAGGCCGUCGUGGCCUUCAGCCCCACUGGGUGGUCCUGGUCGAAGGGCAUGGCGCAGGGGAGCACUGGCUGCCGCUGUUGGGCGGAAAACGACGGCCGCACGCGGGUGUACAGUGUUCCGUACAGCGAGCACAGCUCCUUCGACGAGCUCCAGGCCUUGGUGCGGCAGCUGCGGCCGAAGCGGCUGAUCCCCACCGUGAACUCCGAGACUCGUGAGAGCAAGGAGCGCAUGAUGGCGCCCUUCCUGGAUGUCUUGGACCUCAAGGGCGACCCAGAGCGCAUGGACCACUACCUCAGUGGAGGGAGCUCCAGCUCAUCUUCGAAGCCGGAGGUCGAUGCCUCCUUCGUGGAUGUCUUGUCCUUGAGCGCUUCCUGCGAGAGGAGCCAGCUGAAGUCGGAAGCGUCGAACGAUGUGAGCCAGCUGAGUUGGCAAGGAAAGCUGGCAGCGAGGCAGAUCGCCCUGGAUUUAGACUCGGAGGAUUCGACGACCACCGGUGGCACCAGCUCGCCAAGUGGAUCGCGUGUCUUCGACGGCCCCAAGGUGGUGGACCUGGACUUGGAGGCCAGUGAGGACGCCAACGAGGCGGGGCAGUCCAUCGAGGCCAACGAGGGGGAGGUGUUGGACGAUCUGCGGCACGUGGACGUCGAUCAGCAGAAGAGGCUCCUGCGUUACUUCGAGUCCUCGCAGCGCUCGUCUCAGACUCCGGCUUUGACGAAGCCGCAGCUGAAGAAGCCCAGCAAAAGCAAAGCCAAGGGCAAAGGGAAAGGGAAAGGAAAGUUGAAGGAAGCACAGGCUCCGGUCUUGAAGCACUUGGGUGUAAAACCCAAGGAGGAGCCGAAGAAGGCGCCGAAGAAGAGGGGGCCGAAGAGGGCCAACGAGCCGGCCGCCAAGAAGCCCAAGGCGGAUGGUCCAAAGGAUCCCAAGCAGCCUGGCGAGAAGCGUCCUGCCCGCUUCAUCCCCAAGCCCAGUGCACGAGUGCAGGAGCGUAUUGAUCGAGCCUUUGCACAUCGGCUCUACUUCCUGGCGCGGCAAACGGACGGGGAUGGAGAGAAGCUGGAUGUGCUGGGCAGCACAGGCAACGUCUAUCAUGUCGAGCUGCGACCUUCUGGAAAUGCUUGCUCCUGUUUGGACUUUGCCAAGGGUGGAGGUGUUUGCAAGCAUCUCCUCUUUGUGAUGCUGCGCGUGCUAAAGCUGCCCCGGGAGGACCAUCGAGUCUACCAGACGGGGCUCACUCCCUCAGAGCUGCAGCCGCUGCUGACGCUUUUCCGGACGGGCUCCUUCCAAGUGGGGGGCGAAGUGCAGGCAGAUGCCACUGUGAUGCGAGGAUACCAGCAGGUGCUUCGUUUGCAUUUCGAUGGCGAUGGCUGCUCUGCAGAAGCCCAUGUGCUUGGUGGGACGACUUCUUCCCCUUCCCAUGCCCCUUUACCAUUUUGCCCAGCUUUGAGGCGCAGGGUGGUAGAGAAGGCUGCGCACGACAGCCGCUGCCAGCGGAUUGCCCCAUUUGCUUCGAGGAGAUUGUGGAGGGGAAGGGUGUGGACUUUUGCCGCGUUUGUGGCCACAAUGUGCACUGCGACUGCCAGCAGCGCUGGGCGUCCGCAGGGAAGAGCGAUACUUGCCCGCUGUGCCGCAGUCCCUGGAGCCAAGCCCCUCAGAGUGAGGGCGUGGUGAACCUGGCCGCCUACUCCUCCGAGCACCAAGAGGUGAACCUGGCAAGCCUCUAUCCAGAGACUCAUCGCUGGAUCCAACGCCGUGACGCGUGAGGCGUGCAACGCCGCGUCGUGCGUCGCCGUGGCGCUGAAAUGAGCGUCGCAGGCUCCACACAGGACCGAGGAGCCGGUGUGGUUCAUGCGGGCGGCUCCGAGGAGCUGGAUUGGUCCGGACACAGUGUCCUUGCCUUCCAAGCCUCGGAGGAGCGUGGAGCGUUUGGGGGACUGGGCAUCAAAAGGGCCG